AAGAACCAGUUGAACUUUCACUAAACCCUAAAGUUUGUGUUUUCGAUUUCUCCGAUGAUGAUUUAUUACGUCAUUUUCCUUGUUGUUUCCUUGUUCUUCUCCGCGUUUUCCGAUGAACUCUCCGACCCGGCGUUGAUUCUCCACUACCCCAACCUCGCCCCGUGGAGCACGAUUCCGGCGGAGUGCGCCGACUACGUCAAGGACUACGUGCUGGGUAAAGCUUACGUCGCCGAUCUCGAGAGAGUUUCCGAAGAGGCUUCCAUCUUCGCGAGCACCGUCGUCGGUUUCAACGGCGCCGGAGACGGCAAAGAUGCUUGGAUUUUCGACAUCGACGAGACUCUCUUGUCCAACCUUCCCUAUUUCAUCGAGCAUGGCUUUGGGCUUGAGCUGUUUGAUCAUUCAGAGUUUGAUAAAUGGGUAGAGAGAGGAGUGGCACCAGCCAUAGCACCAAGCUUGAAGCUUUACCAAAGAGUUAUAGAUUUGGGGUACAGAGUUUUCUUGCUUACGGGGAGGAAAGAGAGCCACAGGCUUGUCACUGUUGAGAACCUCAUCAAUGCCGGUUUCCAGAACUGGGACAAGCUCAUUCUCAGAUCGCCAGAUGAACAGCACAAGAUGGCUACGGUGUACAAAUCUGAGAAGAGGGAUGAGAUGGUGAAAGAGGGAUUUAGGAUUAGAGGCAAUUUAGGUAACCAGUGGAGUGAUCUUUUGGGUUCCUCCAUGUCUCAACGAUCUUUUAAACUUGCAAAUCCAAUGUAUUAUAUCCCUUGAAGAGUGACGAGUGUGAAGACAAAGGGAGCUUUAUUCAAUAUUUUCUAAAUUUUAUAGACUUACUUACUUACCAGAGGGGUAAUCAAAGUUUCAUGAGUGCCUUCGCUUGUAAUUUGUCAGCUAUUAUAUGUACUACUACUAAAACACAGUAAAACUUGUUUCGGGGAAAAGAAAAUAAAUAUAGACCUGACAGUAAUAU